UCAGUAUAAAAUGUCGAACCGUGUCGUGGAGGGUGGACAGCAAUUCGCCCACGCAGUAUGCGACUAUCCGCUUUCACGACCAUCUUUGCCGCGCUACUCUCUGCGCUCCCGAUGGCGCGCCCUGCCGCUGUCGAGACGCGCCAGGUCAUCGUGUGGCCCGCCCAUGGGACCACCAUCUCCCCGGCAAACGGCAGUACUAUUGCGGCCGGAGACAGCUUCCAGUUUUUAUACAAGGAUUCAAACUUCUGCGAGAGCGACGUAGUCACCGUCGCCGUGUACCUCAGCCAGACACCUCCGGCCAACUCAGACGUGAUGGCGAACGGCAGGCUUGCGGACGGCACCUUCGAGUACUACUUCGGUGAUUACACAAUCUCGAACUUUGGUCUACCUCCGUCGAGUAAUGCGCCACCCGCCAGUUUGACGAUGCCUGUACUCGAAGGCACGGCGGCUAACACGACUCUCUACUUCUCAGUCUUGGAGGAUUUCACUGAUUGUCCGCCAAACGGCCAGUCCACUUGGUUCGGUAUUGAAGCUACCACGGUGCUCUACGUUUGAUUGUAUAAUGUGCUGGAAUCUAUAUU